GAGCAUAGAAUAUGUUUAUUUUUUAUUUUCCUAUUGACUUUGCCAUAUCAUAUAAACAUUCUCUGCUUUUCUCUCUCUCUUUCUUUCGAAACAAACAGUAUCACAGUCAAGAUAAUAUAAAGAGUUAAAAGGCAGACCAUAUAAACCACCUUCUCCUCACUCUCUUAAUUAAUUUCGCCUUCCGCUAUCAACGCUUUUUCUUUCUUUCUCUGUCUCAGUUUUCAAACAAGUCCGUAAAAUCCCAUAUUCCUUAAUGGAAAAAGGGAAAAAUGAGACUAUGACAACCCAGCCGUCUCAAGCACCGCCACAAAAUACCGUCCGUAAACUUGUUUUGGAAGUAAUCGAGGCACGUGACUUACUUCCGAAGGACGGCCAGGGAAGUUCCAGUCCCUACGUCAUCGCUGAUAAGAGAAUAUUGUAUAAGGCAAGAAGUUUUCAGAUGUUUCGUUGAUUGUAAUGGAAAAGGAAUUCAGAGCAUCUCAUCAGGGCAGAGUGACGGUUAGGUGUUAAAUAUUAAUUGGAUGUGAGAUAGGAAUCGUGAGGGUCAGCUUUCUUGGCCACGGUGACUCAUAUAAUGUUCCUUUGCUUGAUUAGUGUUGAUUUCGUGGUGGCACGUACGCAUCCAUCUGUAUGUACUCCAUCACCGAAAUCUUAAUCUUUUGGUACACAACACAAGCAAAGAAUACUUUCUUUCCUCUCCCUAUUCCGAUUGUUAACUUCCAUGCAUCAAGUUUAGAAUAUUCGUGCCUCCUGGAAAACUGUGUGAACUUUAUCAGGUUUUUUCAUCACACGCAAAACAUGACCACAUUGAUCCAUGGUUUCCAUUUCUAUAAAUAAUUCUAAGCUCACACCCUCAACUAUCACUAAAACAUCGAUUUGUGAAGCUCCGUUUUUAACUUUUAAUAGAUUUAGCUCAUCAGCAUGGCAUACAUUGGAGGAGGAAGACGCCCUGGAGAAAGAACAUACUCGCAUAAACCUAUAAUUGAAGACUUUGUACCUUCUUCAGCUUGGACAGAGGACGCCAAUGGCCAUUAUCUCCUUGUGGAUCUUCCUGACUUCCGAAAGGAUCAAGUGAGGCUCGAGGUUGAUACUUCUUCUGGCAAUGUAAUGGUGAGUGGAGAGAGACUGACGAAUGAUAAAAGUAAAAUAAUACGUUUCGAGCAGACGUUUAAACUGCCACCAAAUUCAGAUAUGGACCAGAUCACCGGGAAGUUCGACAGCGAGAUUCUCUUUGUAACUGUGCCAAAAUUAGUGCAAGCAGAGAAGCAGCAGGAAGUCCCCAAGAGAGAAACCGAAAACAUCAGCAGCAGCAGCAAUAUUACAGAAGAAAUCGAAGAGGAAAUCAGUCUUCAUCAAAAACAGAAUGAUGAAAAUGUAAACAGCGAUCAUCCCCAAGUGCAUGGCAAAGAAGAACACGAUGAUGAUAAUGCAAAAUUGAAAAAUCAUGAACAAGAGCGCCGGUCUGAGAAGAAACAAAUGGAUUGCAGCCGGGUAGAUGGUUUCAGUAAAGAGGAGGUAGAGAAGUGGGCGAAAGAGACUAGUCAGGCGGGAUGGGCAAUCAAGAUACUGAAAAAAAACAAAGGAAUAGUUCUUACGGCCAUGAUAGCAUUCUGUUUGGGGGUUUACGUUUCUCGCAAGUUCGGAGCCGCUCUUUCACACGAGGCUGCCUCUUUUCAUUAAUUAGUUUGCAUCAUGCUAAACAUUUACAAAUACUAUUGGUCAUGUUGUUAUCUAUCUUUGUAAUCUCUGUACAUAAACCAAAAAAAAAAAAAAGUUCUCACGUGAAUACAAUAUAUUCCGACAA